AUGAAAGAAAAACUCGGCGAAGAACAUCCCUGUACACUGAUAAGUAUGGUCAAUCUGGCAUCGAUAUUUUCUAGUCAGGGGCGGUUUGCUGAAGCUGAAGCACUCGAAGUACAAGUGAUGAAAACUCGCAAGAGGAAGCUUGUUGAAAAUCAUCCAGAUACACUCACAUGCAUGGACGAUUUAGCAUGUAUUUAUUCCAACCAGGGCCGUUGGGACGAGGCUGAGAAGCUUGGGAUUGAGGUCCUGGAAAUGCGCAAGACAAAACUCGGGCACGAUCAUUUGGACACUUUGGCUAGUAUGGCUGGCUUAGCAUCAAUAUACCGGGACCAAGAUAAGUAUGAUGAGGCUGAGAAGCUUGGAUUUGAGGUCCUGGAAAUGAGAAAGACAAAACUCAGGGACGAUCAUUCGGACACUUUGGUUAGUAUGGGUCUCCUCGCAUCAAUAUAUUGGAACCAAAACAGAUAUGAUGAGGCUGAGCAGCUUGAGGCUCACUUGUUGGAGGCGAAUAAGGCAAAUCUUGGCAAGGAUCACCUCGAUACUUUUAUGCGUAUGUCCAAUCUAGCAACAAUAUACUUUAAGCAGAGUCAGAGCCGAUGGGAGGAAGCCGAGCUGCUUUUUGUGCAGGUUAUAGUUGCCUAUAAGUCAAAGCUUGGCUUGGAUCAUUCUGAUACAUUGACGUGCAUGGUCAACCUUGCUUUCAUAUAUCGAGGUCAGCGCCGGUGGAAGGAGGCAGAACAGCUUUACUUGCACGUCAUGCAGACUCGCAAGACAAAACUUGGCGUCGAUCAUCUCGACACGAUUACGAUCAUGAUACACCUAGCUAUGGCGUAUUUCCAGCAACGUCGAUGGGAAGAGGCAGAACUGCUCUUUGUCCAGGUGUUAGAGUCUCGCAAGGGGAUACUUGGCGAGAAUCAUCCUGAAAUUCUGAAUAGUAUGCAAUGCCUUGCUUGGACUUGGAAACUUUGGGGCCACCGCGACACCGAAGCCAUCAACUUGCUGAAAACCUGCAUAGAAAAGCAGAAGACAACGUUGGGUCUCAAUCAUCCCGACACUUUAUCCAAUGCAGAACAAUUGCUUGAAUGGGAAAUGGAUAUUUUACAAGUGAACACUUGA